AACUCACUCAGCAAAAAAAUAUAUUCAAAGUUUCAUUUUCAGAACAGCAAAAGAAAGAAGAAGAUUUUUUUUAAAAAAAAAAAUUUAAAGAAAUGGGUCCUUCUUCUUCGUCUUCUUCAUUUCGCUCAAAUGCAGCUGCGUUCUUCUUUGUGGUGCUUAUCAUAGCCACCGGUUUGCCUUCCGAGAUGGGAGGUGGAUUAAUGAAGAAGGAGAAGAAUUGUAAUAAGAAGAUGAUGGUGGGCGCGCAGCAGCAGAAGUUAUGUGGUUCUGGAACGCUUACGUGCAUGAGCGACUCCUACUGCAGUACGCAGUGCUAUAAGCAAGGUUGCCCCUGGCACGCAUGCGACCCUAACACCCAUGCUUGCAACUGCUACGAUUAAUUAAUUAAUUAAUACUCGUAAUCAAUAGUACUCCGCCCU